AUCGUUCUCAACAACUUUAAGGACCAAGAUAUAAAUGAAAUAAUCGAUUCGGUGUAUGAUAAUUUAUUCGGCAAGGCGAUGCUUGAAGGAGGGAUAAGUUUGGACAAAAAUGCCAAAAGGGCGAUGCACACCAUCAACAAGCAUUUAUCCUAUUAUUUGGGAAAAUUAAAGAGUCCCUAUAGCGUGGAUGGGAACAUUGAGGUGGAACACGUGCAGAGGAGCCAUCAUACUAUUCAAACAACCAUGAGGAUGAUGGAGGAGUAUCACAAUAGACUGUUUUUCUACUACGUCAUAGGGGAUAAAUUGCCCGAGUACGAUCAUGACUCUUUUAUAAAUGUGCAUAGGAAAACGUUUACCUUAUUCAUAAAUGAGCUAGUUACUAUGGAGGAGCCUCAGUUAAAUAGAUGUGUACUCGAGUCAGGGAUACUCAUGGUGGAAGCCCACGGAGGACGGUUGACAAGGACACGUUGA